AUGGAGAUGCCUGUUAAUUCAGACAUCGAGCAUUCCAACCCAUUGAAACGACAGCGACGCUCCAGGGUUGCCUGUGAACCGUGCAGGGAGCGUAAGCGAAAAUGUAACGGACGUCAACCAUGCGAAACAUGCAGUGACUUCCAAUACACGUGCUAUUAUGAUGCGAGCUCACGCAAGAAAAGAAACAAAAACUUCAUUAUGGGCGGCUCGGCACCAAUCAGACCAGCAGCACAGAUGCAGCAGCAACAGCAGCAAGGAUCGUCAACACUAGAUGCCGCAACACCAUCGACGCAUUCCGCAGAGGGGCCACCAGCAAGCAUGCCAGCAAGCAUGGCGGCUGCUACUCAAUCCAUUGAAUCCAACUCAGGGGCCGCCUUUGCGAGGGAGUUAGGUCUCAGGAUUGAUCCAAUCAAUGCCCCGGAACCUCAAGUCUUCGCUUGGAACAUUGGCUUCCGUCAAUUGCCCGGUAGCUAUUCCGCAUUGCCUAUUGUGAAUAUCAUUUCGCAGGACGAGAUGGUGGCAUUGGCGAACAUUUACUUCGGUAAGGUAAAUCCUUACUAUGGCUUCAUUGACCGGGAUAUCUGCUUUGAGCAUCUGAAUUCAAGGUGGCUUCGGUCGUCGACUUUUGAACCAUAUGAUGUUGUUCUCUGUGGUGUAGCGGCCAUGGGAUAUCUGUUUUCUCAGAGGAAAGCAGUAGCUGCGGAGCUACACCUGAUUGAGUCAGCCCGGUCAGCUCUAGAGCAGUGCUCCUUGUUCGGGAUACCUUCUUCAACGGUGAUCUCAGGAUGGACCCUCAGACUCUCUUACAUGCGGCUGACGGCCUCGCCUCACGCUGCUUGGAUGACUAGCUGUUCGUUAUUACACCUAAUCGAAGCAUCCGGAUUGCAUCUGGACCCGUCGUCCAGGCCUGUCUUGAUAAAACCGCCACAGGAUAUCAAUGACAAUAUUCGAAGGAAGCUAGUUGGCUUUGUACAAUACAUCAACACUUGGACAUCUUUCGAUUUAGGAAGAUCAAGAAUCAUCCUCCACGGAGCAUCAUAUAAUGUACCAGCGAGCCGAGAAGGAGACUAUACAGCUGAAAUGCUGAAUCUCCUGCCCCUGUCAGAGAGCUUAGAUCCACACAAACCCGUGGACUCCAACCAGCUAACAACCAUGCUCUCCAAUAUCAUGGAAAACAAUCGUACGCAACAGCCGUCAGUGCUUUCUCAAUGUAACCUCAUCCUUUGCAUUUUCCGGCGUCUACGAGCACUGCAUUCGACUGUCUCGGUGGAUCUUAUGAAUCAGAUUUUAGCUCUUAUCACGAAGGCUCUCGCCUCCGCGCGGGAACUCGCGGAUGCAAAUUGCCCAUGGAGUCAUGUGGCCAACGUCCCGUUCCAGAUUGUCUGCACGCUGCUGGCAGUAGAUAGUCCCGAGUCUAUAUCGCUACUGGGCGAUGCCAUGCAGACCCUCAAGCAUGUAACGGACGUCUAUGAUACCGAUACGUUGAGAGAAGCUUACCGGAAUGCUGGUCUGCUUGUUCUUCUGCAGCAGAAGAGAAAGGAUCAUGAUGCGAGACAUCUCAGCAGCGUUCUUAAUUUGCAUUUUGCUCCUUCCGUUGAAUCAGAUAAUGUUCCGGGGCAGAGGCGACAGAGCACUAUGGAAGAUUCAGAGUAUCUCAGGGAUAUGGUGGCUGAUAUGCCUAGUUCUGAGACUUUUGACUUUGAUAAAUUCUUUAUUGCGGAUAAUCCUUGGGACUUUCUUGAGAUCUAUCGCUAG